AUGUACUUGAGAAUCAAAGAGGUGAAACUCGGCUAUUUCAGAUGGGCGAGGUCGGUAAAAUCGUCCGGUUUUGACCCUGCUACCGAUUCACUUGCGUAUGACUACCUCUGCAACAUAUUACCAGCCAACUUUAUCGGCUCGGGCGCGUGGACGUCAGAUCAUGUUGCGGACGCUUUGGCCCUGGCUCGAAACGCGGAGGCCGUGUCUUGGCAAAUGCUGACAUUCAGAUCCCAAAAUCUCACCACGUCUGCGAAUAUAUCCGCCGGUAAGAACCUUGUUACGAUGGAACAGUUUGAUCUUGUUGUAGUCGGAGCCGGCUACUACGGUCUCGGCGCCGCGAAGCAAUAUCACGUCACGCAUCCAAACGACUCUUUAGCUGUAUUCGACGUCAACGCCUCGGUGGGCGGUGUCUGGUCAAAUGAGCGCGUCUACCCUUGCCUGAGAUCUAACAACCUGUUGGGAACCUACGAAUACCCAGACUUUCCAAUGACCACUAAACGAUUUGGUGUAGAGCUAGGAAACUAUAUUCCUGGAGAGGUAAUGCAUGAGUAUCUUGAAACUUACGCACGUGAGUUCGGCAUUGAUAAGCAUCUGAGGUUGAGCACAAAGGUUGUUUCGGCUGAGCACAAAGUCGAAGGUGGAUGGCUUCUUGAAACUCAAAGCGCCAAGGACGAGCGAAAGACACCAACGAAAGUCUUUGCCAGGAGGUUGAUCAUUGCGACGGGAAUGCUAUCUGAACCGUUUAUGCCUCAUAUCCUUGGCCAGGAGGAAUAUGACAGGCCACUCUUUCACAGCAAAGACUUUCAGAAAUACAGAGACACCAUCAGCACUGCUAAGCGUGUCACUGUCUUUGGAGGAACCAAGUCUGGCUGGGACGCCGUCUAUGCGUAUGCCAUUAAUGGUGUCAAGGUUGAUUGGAUAAUACGACCAACCGGACACGGUCCAGUUUGGAUGUCACCAUCUUUUGUGACGCCUUUCAAAGUGUGGAUCGAGAAGCUCGUUAACAUCCGUUGGCUUCACUGGUUCGCUCCAUGCAUCUGGGGCCAAGACAGCGGCUACCACGGUAUCAAAUCAUUCUGGCACGGCACUGCCAUCGGUAGAUUAAUCACCAAUGCUUUCUGGGGUAUUCUGGCCCAAGAUGUGAUCAACAUCAUGCACUUCGACACGCAUCCUGAGCUCAAAAAGCUUAAGCCAACGGCAUCCGCCAUGCAUACCGGCACAGCUUUUGGUAUCUUUAAUUAUGCGACCGACUUUUACGAGCCUAUACGCAAUGGUACUGUGAAGAUCCACGAGAAGGAUCUGUCGCAUCUUAGUGAGGGCAAAGUCUACCUUGAUGACGAGGAUGGAACAAUUCUUGAAUCAGACGCUUUCGUCGCGGUUACUGGUUGGAAGUCAUUCUCUCCUCUCAAGUUCCUGCCCGAGGGAAUCGAUAGAAAGAUUGGCCUUCCGCAUGUCCUAAAUGCCAGCGAUGAGGGUUGUCUGCCUGACGAAGAUCUUGCUGCUCAGAAUGCGCUUGUUGACCGGGCUGAUAAAGAGAUUCAGGAACGAUUCCCAAGUCUCAAGACGCCAAUGAAGUUUAACCCAAAUUACAAGCGUCUCACCGAAACAAAAGCCUUCAGUAUGAAUUCUUCUGAUGUCUCACCGCGCACACCUCUGAUGCUCUACCAUUUCAUGGUCCCCGGCACCGCCGAGUUUCUGCGCACCAAAGACCUUGCUUUUACGGGAUACUCGACCAACUUCAGUAAUGGUACCUGUGCGCAUAUUCAAGGCCUAUGGAUUAGCGCGUUCUUUGACGGCAAACUGGCGCGAGACCCCAGCUCAGCUGUCGCUUCAGAAUCCGAAAGCAAGAGUGGAAGUGGCAAGGCCAUGUCGUUAAGUGAAGUUCAUUGGCAGACAAUUCUGCAUAAUCGGUUUGGCAAGUGGCGAUAUCCAAAGGACACGGGAUCCAAAUCGCCCGAUUUUAUUUUCGAAGCUGUGCCGUUUAUGGAUAUGAUGAUGGCGGAUUUGGGGUUGUUAGUGCAUCGGAAGAAGGGAUGGUUCAAGGAGAUGACUGAGCCUUAUGGACCUGAAGACUAUGCAACAAUUAACGAAGAGUUUGCUACUAGAUUUGUUUAA